AAAAAAAAUUAAAACGCGUGUAUCGGAAAAAACAAAAUUUAUCGCAUUAAAUUAGCUUAAAUCUCAUCGAAAGUAGUGCAAAAACGCGAAACAAUUACCCGUGCACACGAAGAAAGUGAAGGUACAGUUGUUAUGGACAGUGAGGAUGCUUAUUCAACCACUAAUCUGGUUAAGGCAUCGUCGUUACCACAAACACAACAACAACACAAUGACUCGACAGAAAUUCGUAUGGAAACAACACGAGCAGCAUCCACAGAUGAAGAAAUAACGUCAAAUGAAACGAAAGAUGAGGAAAAUGCGUCUGUACCUGUAAAUAAUGAAAAAUUAGUUGACACAAGUCGAAAUUUCGCUCCGUUAGAGGACGAGAAAAAAACAUUAGAAACAUCUACGCUUAUAUCUACGACGACUACUGAAGAUGUUGAGAAAAAAGAAUCGGUACCUGAUGCCAAAAACCUGAAAAAAUCAAAGCAGGCGGCCAACAAAGAAGAGACUGUCAACACGAGAAAUCAUCAUGAUGUUGAAACGAUAUCAACGGGAUCCGAAGUUUCAACGUUAGAUGAUGACAUCGCCGAAACUGGAAGAAAUUCUCCCGAUUGUACCGUCGUUGACAGCAACAAUCCAAACGACAGUACCUUAGUUGACGAAAGUACUUUAGUAGAAAGUAUUAUUAAGCAAAAUAUCUCAUCAGAUGAAGAGCCUGAAGAAGCGAAAAGUGUUGUGAGCAAGGCUGAAGAGUCCCCAAAAGACGUCGAAAUGACGGAAAAUCCCUCGGAAAAAGACACAAUCGACGUGAAUUCCGACGAAACCAAGGAAACCGAAGCAAAUGUGUGCCAAGAAGCGAUACCAUCGACGUCAUCGUCUUUUUCGGAGACCGACGAACAGAACGUGAUCAGUAGUAGAGACGAUACUGAAAACGAACAAACACAAGCGACGAGUGUGAUGGAAGAAGAGCUCAGUAUUUCUCGUACUGACGUCAAAAUGGAAGUUGAAGAAAAUGAAAUUCAAGAAACGACAGAAAAAGCGCAAGAAAUCGAGUCAAAUGAGGAAAUGACGUCGCCGAAUCAACUUUUGCAGCCAAAAACCGAAGAAAUUGAAAACACAUUGGAUGAAAAUGUGGAAAUGCGAGAAGCUCCUGUCGAUAAUAAUUUAUCGAAUGUCGUUCAGAAUUCAUCAAUUUUCAUAGAAGACGACAGCAACUUAUCAAACGAUUCCGAUCAGUUGGUAAUCGAUCAAGAGCUUUUUCCCGCAGCAAAAACGCUGCCCGUUCAACCAUCGCCCUUCGUCGAGAACACAAAUCACGAGAGCUUGAACGGAUUUUCAUUCAAUAAUUUCAACAACAAGCGAAAACACAGUGCCACAGACAAUUUCGACGGGCCAACGACGAAGAAACAGAGACCGUCGCGUGCUCGCAAAAAGAACAACGGCAACACGCUGAACGAAUCGCCGCCCAAAUCGCUGAAAAACGCCCUCAUGCCAUAUAACCAACCACCAACCAACAACAUUUUAGAAUAUUUACUCGAGAAUAAGCACAACAGGCUUCUCGAUAGCAGCGGCAAAAACACCUCAACCGUUCUCGAGAAGUAUGUGACGAAUUUAUUUCCCGCGGAGCAGUACGAAGCAACACUCCCGCCCGCCUCCAUCGUUCCCAACAGCAUGGAAAUGUUGUUUCCGGGCAGUUAUCCGACGAAUCCUGACGUCAAGCCGGAAGAUGCGCUCGCUCUGGUGCCCUUUAAUCCGUCGGCAGCGACGUCCUCGAGUCAAAAACAGCUGCAAAAUCGCCAAAAAAUCUACAAAUGUUCGAGUUGCAACAAACUUUUCGAAAAUUGGGAUCUUUUUCUGCACAUGCGAAAAGUCCACAGCAAACACAUUUGUCUCCAAGCCAAGUGUUUUCGGCAUUUCGUCAGUGCGGAAAAGCUCUUGGCGCAUCUCGAGUCCAAACACAGCUUAUCGAAGAAAUUCUACAAUGAUCAGCACGACAUCGUACGGAGCUACAAGAACAUGUACCGCGAAACGGAGUUGUUCCUCAUGUGCGUCGAAUGCGAACACGUGUUUCACGAAACAGACGAAUUUACGCAUCACGUGUGCUUGGAAUUCAUGCAGCCGUGCUCGGUUUGUGGAUUGCGGCAAAAAUGUGAUCACAAGGCGACGCAAACGCAGCGAAAACGACGUCCGCCGGCACCAAAGAAGAACAAUAUGCUGCUGAAUCAACCGCAAAAUGAGUUUGUGCCGCCCUUGGUUAUCGCAAAAACGCCCGAUCGAAGGAGUUUGCAGGCACUUCCGAGUACGCCGGCAAGCGGAGGCGAACUGAAAAUGAAGUUUAAGUUUAGUCGAGUGGAUAAUAGCAAGGAUUCGCCGUGCAAAAUUACUGUCGAGUCGCCGCUGUUGCAAAAUAACGAGACGAGAGUGAAUGGAGAACAAACCCCGGAAAAUAGUUUACUCAAUAAAGCAAAUGAAUUCGACGCAUCCGCCAUCAAUCCGCCCAUUCUGACACCGCAGAUGAACAAUUUCGACGAUGGCGAUAUGUAUCGAUCAUUCGCAUCUCCCUUCAACUCUGCAGCAACAACAACAACAACGACUGACGAUGCCCUCAAAAAGCCCGAUUUGUUCCCAUCAACCCCAAUUCCCGCAGAAAAUAUCGAUCAGGACAAAGAAAACGUGCAACUUGAACUGCCAUCGCAACAUUCCGCACAAUUGCCAACAUCAGAAGAAAGCGAAAAACCACUUCUUGUUCCAAAACUUAAACUUCAAAUCCCAAAAAACAUCGCGCCAAUCGACUCGGAGGAAUCUUCAACGGAAAGUGACACCGAAGAGAUCAUAAAAACGGAUCAAAUUCCCGAAACAAGUGAAGAAAAAGCUCCCGAACGUGCUUCAACUCCGCCGAAUUUAAAUGAAGAACCGAUGGAUAUCGAACCUCCUGUUAUUCCAUACGAUGGCAUUGAAGUAGCUGACGAAUAUACGCAAGUUCAUGAUCUGCAAACGAUCGAACCACUCGACAAAAUUGAUCUCAGUUACUUGUUGAGGUUAUGUUUGGAUCGCACGAUCCCCUAUUGCUUGUAUUGUUAUCACGCGCGUCGAAUUGCGGUCUGCGGAAGAGGUUUAGCCCUGCAUUUGAUCGGAAAUCAUCGUUUUCAGGCAACUGUCGAUAGCAUAACUGCCGAAGAACUGAAGCCGCCGACUUUUGUGGCGAAAUUUAAAGCUUCGCUGCAGGAAUUGGAAAAUGUUUAUCUCAAUUUGGACACGUACAACAGCUUAACGAACGUCGUCGAGCCCGUUUCUUACCCCAAAGAGACCUUUUACGAGUGCAUGCAAUGUCGUUUCACGACGGGAACGCAUAAGGAGCUUUAUGUUCAUAACCGAAAGUUGCAUUUAAAGAGCAAAUUGAUCUGUAUCAUGUGCAAAAUCCCGUUUUACAGCUUCUGUGAUCUCAUUUCGCACAUGUGUCCGGGCGUUUCGAACAAACACACGAUUCUGGAUUUCGAGUUUCGUUGUUGUCUUUGCAAUACGGAUCGUUUUCCAUCCGCUUUUCGGUUGAUGAUCCAUCUGAGGAAGCGACAUUUUGCUUGUGACGUUUGUUUGGAGGAGUGUCAUGAUACCGUCAAGCUCUCGUCGCACGUUUGGAAGCAUAAACUCCAUCAUUUGUGCUACAGAUGCGGCAUCGCCUAUCGAAAUAAGGCCGAUAUUCAAAAGCAUCUCUUUUGGCGACACGGUACGGAAAGCGUUCAAUGCAAAAAAUGCCUCCAGAAGAAAUGGCCUCAUGUGUAUCACUUUUGUACGCCUCCCGCCAUCUUCCAUUGCGAAGUUUGUUCGAUGGAAUUCACGAGGGCAGUCGCUUUACGGGUUCAUAAGAGAGUUCAUAACGACGUUUUUCCCUAUCCCUGCACCGAGGAAGGUUGUGAAAAGAAAUUUAUUUCGAAAAAAUUACUUUUGCGACACUUGGAUCGACAUAACGGAGUAUUAGAACCGCCUGUAGAAGAGCUAAAAGCCGAAGAUGAACCCGAAAAUGACGCAGAAAAGAAAGUUGAAGAGAAUUUGGAAGCACCUCCCGAGCCACAAGAACCCAUAAAACGCGUUUCAAAGAAGAAAAAGAAGCGCGAAGACAUUUUAGCGCUAAUUUCGGGCAUUGAGGGUCCAAAUUUGAGCGAAUCUGACAGCAGUAGCGACUCAGAUGACAAUGAAUCAGCGCCAUCUCCCGUGAAUUUGGGUCAACAUGAGGAAAAAACCGUCAAUGAACUUCAAAAAGUUGAGGAUGAAACCCCUGAAGAAGCAAAUAACGAAGAAAAUGCCGCUCAAAACAUGGAUAUUUGGGAGAAUUUCAAGUCUUUUCAAGAAGCGCAGGGAAAUCCGAUCGAUUUGGACACAGAAACCAAUCAAAAAAGCACGGAAAAUUUACAGGACGAAGCAAAAACUGAAGUUCCUGAUGUCUCUGUUCGACAAGAAUCCCCGCCAAAAGUCAAGGAAAAAUCUGACGAAGAAUUAUUUCGCACAACCAAGUUCGAAAUUGCGGUUUGUCAGUCAGAUCACGAUUAUUGCAUCAUGUUCCCGCCCAAAAUUAACCUUUUCGUGGAUGAUUUUGAAAGUGAGAUAGGCGCCUCCAUCAUUCGAGAUAAUGCGAGGUUACUUCGGGAAGCGGAGGAACGUCAAGCUGCCCUUCAAGCCGAGCAACGAGCGAAAUUUUUCCGUCGUGGCAGUUCACCGAGGAGUUCGCCGCCUCGUACGCCGCCCCGAAAACGUCGCGUUUCAUCGUCUUCUUCGUCCUCAAGCAGCAGCGGCAGCAGUUCGAGUUGUUCUUGCGGUUCAAGUUGCAGUUGUAGCUCUUCGAGUUCGAGUUCUUCGUCGGAUAGUGACUCGGAUGACGAAACGCGACGUCGUAAAAAGGCGCAGGAAGAAGAGCAAGUUGUCCCAAUCGAGCCUCCGAAGCCCAUUGAUCCAGAUUCAAUCAUGUUAGAAUGCGAUUUAGAGACUGACGAGUCAGAAACUGAUGAGGAAUUUUACGACGAGCAUCCGCAAAAGCUCGCAAAUCAACAAUUAGCGGAUAAACGAAGGCAAUUGAUGCUGCAAACGUGCAUGGAUCCCGAAAAUGCGGAUGGAAUAAUCGAAAAUAGUCGCCCUUCGACUCCUUCCUUGCCUGAUGAGAAAAAAGAGAAGAAAAAUAAGUUGAAAAAGAAGAAACGCGAUAAACGGAAGGGAGAUACGCCCGUUAAAGCAAACAUUCCCGUGGCUCCUGUGGAUCCACUAUCACUCUACGAGAGUUUCACGCAAUCCUACGUACAAGAAUUCCAAGCAGCUGGUCCCGCUCCGCAACUUUCGGUGCAAGAAUCGCCAAAUUUGUCAUCGCAAGAUGCCCCAAAACCACUUUUGCAGCAUCCGAACGAGCCAUUAGCUCUUCAGCCGUACCAUCAAACGUCAGUGCAGUUGUAUCAACCGCCCGCUUCGCUCAUUAGUGAUUCGCCCAUGCCCUCGGCGCAUGCGAUUCAAGCUCAAAGAAAUCAAAAUUCGAAUCCUUAUGGCACGCCAACGACUCCUUUCGGGUCUGUGGGCACUCCGAACAGCGAUGGGGGUCGUACGAAGCGAAAACGCGUGCCAAAUAAAUUUUUCGGAUAUGAUGACAUUGAUACAAUUGUCGAGAAAAAUGCAGCUAACGAUCCAUAUCAACCGCCGUUACUCACAUGGGACAAAGAUGACUUGCCGGCGACACCCAAACCGCAGCGACCCACACAAAAAAGACCUUCUUCCGCGAAAAAUCCUUCAAGUCGAUCGAAUUCGCGCGUCAAUUCGGUCGAACGGAGCGAAGAUCUUAUUUUGCCGCCUGUUAUUAUCAAAACUUCUCAAAUUAUUAGUCAACCAACGCGCAUGGUUGAACCUCUGAAGAUAUCAAUUCGCCCGAAUAAUGAUUUGGGAAAUAUUUUUCCGACCGGGGAUAGUGACGACGACGACGAUUCUGGCGACGAGAGGAAUAGUUUGACCAUCGUUCAGCCCGCAGCAACACAAAAACGCAUACCAAAGAUUAAAUUAGGGACGAAAAAGGCACGAACGCCCGCUGCCAAGCCAACAAAACCGCGACAACGCAAACCGAAAGUCGUCGCUGAACGAACAGGUCCGCGAAUUAUCAACGCCCCAGCGACACAAAACAUCCAACUCGAGCAAUAUCCGUCGUCGUUCAAUCAACCUCUGUAUCCGACGCCGCCAGCAACUGCCCCGCUACAAUCUCAAACGCCCCAAUUCCCGCAAAAUUCAUCGAAUCCAUACUAUCGCGAAGGGUAUCCCAUUCAGAAACCCGCUAAUUGGCGCCCUGCGAACGAAGGAGAGAAAGUCUACUGUUAUUGUCGAUGCCCGUAUGACGAGGUUUCGGAAAUGAUUGGAUGCGAUGACGACAAUUGUCGCGUUGAAUGGUUCCAUUUCGAGUGUGUGGGGAUUUUGAUGGCGCCCACAGGCAAAUGGUAUUGUCCCGAUUGCAAGCCGCGUCACAUGCAUGAGUUUGCCACCGAUUAUCCAGAUAGUUCAGGCUCUUACUGAUACGAAAAUUCUUCUUCUUAAACGUUUCAAAAAAAAAAAAAAAAUUAUAAAAAAAAAUUAAAAAAAAUACAAUAACAGAAAAAGAUUACCUCAAAUAAUAUUUCAACACAAAAAAAAGUAGUUAGUAUUAUUUUCUUUGAUUUUUUUCUCACUCAGCACACAGAAAAACAGGAACACUCGACGAUUUAAAAAAAACAUGUUUUUUUCUAAUUUUAAACUUUGUUUAGGUUCAUCUUAACUCUAAAUGAUAAAAAUAAAAUAAUACUUAGUAAUAAAUUGGAAUAAAUUAAAAAAAAAAGAAAGCUUCUUUGUUAGAACAAAGAUGUGCGAAAAAUAAUGUGAUACAUAAAAUUUAAAUAUUAGUAAAGAAAAAUAAACACCGUAAUGAUG